AUGGGGCGCAAAAAAUUCAACAAGCCUCAGACAGGGGCUGACACCUCCAAAAGCUCCUCAAAACCAAGGGAUGAGUCCGAAAAAGGAGAUUUUGAGUCGAGGAAGAGGAACACAAGAGAAUUUUCAAACUCGAACUUUAGACGCUCGGGUGGCAAUUUGAGGAAAGAAGAUGACCGGAAAAGUGAACCGUUCAAGAGGAGCAGACAGGAUUUCGAGGGGGAAAAUAGGAGGCAUACGUUUAAUGCGUCGCACGGCAGGCGCUCAAGUAGAUUUGACAAUUCCGAGUUUGCGGAAUACAACCGUGCGUUCCACAGCCACCGCAGCCCCAUCGGCUGCACCAAAAUCAAAGAAAUCGUCUCAAAUUUAUUUGAAAUGCCUGAUGACUACUCCCUGGCGCACUGCGUCGCUGAAGAUAUGAACAUGGGGAGUGGAAUUGCGGUGCAAUUCCGACGCGACUUUAAACGAGUGGAUGAGUUGUUGAAUCAACGUCAGCAAGCUGGAGGUCUAGCUGUGCUUGAACACGACGGAAGGUUUAUAUACUAUUUGGUCACUAAACGGUUGUCCUCGGGGAAACCCACCUACGAAACCUUGUUCACCUCGCUGCAAAAACUGCGAGCCCAUAUGGGCGAAAACAACGUGCGAAAGUUGGCUAUUCCCAGGAUUGGGUGCGGGUUGGACCGCCUCCAAUGGGACAAUGUUAAAUUCAUGGUUGAGUUUAUUUUCAAAGAUGUGGACGUGGAGAUCGUCGUUUGCAACCUCGAACCGAAGGAAGACUCACCGCAACAAAAACACAGAAAUUGCAAAGUUACCAACGAAACGUAUCCAAUCAAAGACAUUGAGGCAGGCACUGUUAUCCUGUACUUUUCAUCAGAGGACGAAAGCAUCACCGACGAGAUGCGCUCCUUGGACGAAAAAUUCACUUUCUUGCGUGAAUUCAAAUUCGCGAGAAAAUCACUGGGAAACGUGAUUUUCAACAGCAAAACCAGCGAUUAUUUAUUAUGUGGCUGCAUUGUGCGAAAACACAAAAGCGACCCUUUCGAUUUUGAAGCCUUCCGAAGGUGUCUCCAGUCGAUUCAAAAGGAAAACAAGAAGUACAAAUACUAUUACUACGCUUUUCAAGCAUUCGAGGACCAAGAUUCGACCAUCAACCAGAAAAUUAUCAAUUUGAUGCGGAAUUCGUUACGCGAUGUUGAAGUUUAUGUUUGCUGGGUUGGCGAACUGCAAAAGGAAAUCCAAUUGAAUAGUAGCUUCAAUUCGAGCUUUGGCAAAAACGAGGCUAGUGAUUGGCGGUCACGCCAGACAAAAGACGAGGAAACAAAAGACGAUGCGAAAAGUGUCGAUUACUGGGAACAAAAAUGUACAACUCCAGCGGCUCAAGGCGCGGUUCCAAGCACGGAUAAUUGCUUUGAGGGUGAAAGUCGGGAAAAAGCGUCCGAUUAUUAUUGGUCGGAAGAUGAGAGUGAGGCUCCACCUAGACCGGAAAGUUUGCACAACCAAUCCGAGCCACAAGAUUCGUGGAACGCUUUAAUCGAAAAAGAAGAGAGACCCAAUCAAGAAUACGCUUCAUUCCGACGGGCACUAGACACUAAAACCAUUCAAAACAGUUCAGUUAAGGACCAAAACACGACUUGCUUACCAAAGAAACAAUUUUCGCGCGUUUGUUUCGCCCAAGAAAACUUAAUUAUACAAAACGGAGUGCCUGAGCCAGGUAUCGGACCACACGUUGGGAAGCUUCUCAACCAAAACGGAAAAGAAGGCGACUUGAUUUGGACUGAAGACGACAAUAAUUACCUAUACUGUCUUAUCACUAAUUCGGAUAAACCUGAGACGAUUUUUUCGGCAAUUCGGAAAUUGCAAAUUCAAGUGACGAAGCACAACGUUAGAACUUUGGUUUUUCCAAAACUGGACCCGGAAGUCAAAUUUAUGGUUCAAUACGUUUUUGGUGGACACAAAAUCGAGAUCAUUCUUGCCCCCUUUGAGACGACUUGUGAUGUUCCAAGUUUGAAGAAAGCCAACGGGAUUAAGAUAGUGAACGUGAAGUCGCCGCUUCACCACAUGAAAAAGAAAAGUGUUAUACUUUAUCUGGCAUCAAUCGAUGGGCAAUUUUCCAAGGAAAUGGACGGCUUGAGGCAAAAAUUCGACUUUGUGGGUCGAUUUAAACGCGAGAGCAAAACUCUGGGUGCGGUGGUCUACCAUAAACAAGACGAGGAACAUGUUCUUUACGGUUGUAUUGUGAAAAAAUCGUUCAAGGAUUCAAUUGAUUUCGAGGCGUUACAAACCUGUUUGUCACGUGUUAAUGAUAAUAAAAUUAAUGAUAAGAUGAGUAUUGUCGGCAUUCAAGCAACUGCUGAUGAGAGUGUUAACUAUAAAAUAGUUACUUUGUUGUUGCAUACGUUGCAAAAUGUUACGAUCAACAUUUGUUGGCCGGGGCCCUUGAAAGAGAAAAUGAUCACGGACUUGUGACACACUUGUACAUAAUCAUUUUAUUUCUUUUUAUCGUGUUUUUGGCAAUUUUACGUAUUGUACUAUGUAUACACAGUUGGAUAUAUAUUUUUAAAUGAUGCACGCUUAUGUAUCAAUAAAUAUGUAUAUUAGGA